AUGCUCACGUUUCAGCUAUACUCUGCAGCCCUCGUCGCCUCGAUGGCCCCCCUGGGCCCUUUCGCAUGGGCGCAAGAGGCACCCUGCGAUGCUUAUUCGCACGCUUGCCUCAAUGUUAUACAAGCCAAUACAUGCUUCGCCGCGUACAUUCGUGGGAACAACGUCACAGAGAUGCUCCGAUGCGUCAAUGUCAGCAACCAGACUCUUGCAACCGAAGAGGUCAGUAUAGUCCGCUACCAUAAGCAGGGAAACAUUCGUAUCGCUGACGAGUCCAAGCUCUGUGCAUGCUAUGGAUGCACCGAGCCCAGCGUGCAGAAGUUCGUCGUCAGCAGCAACAUCUGUCAAUAG